AAGCAUAGAGUCUAAUAAGGCUCUAAGAUACAGUAAUCAAGAUGGCUUCUUCCACGCCAUACCUUGCCGUGCUCUUGUGCCUCACGAGCCUCCUGCAGGCAUCGCUGACGGCGGGUUUUGAGCUUCCGGAAUCCGAGGUGAGAAGCAGGUUUUCCAAGUGGAUGACCAAGUACUCGAAGCGCUACUCAUGCCAUGAGGAGGAGGAGAAGCGGUUCGGAAUCUUCAAGACGAACACCAACUCCAUCGGCGCUUUCGCCAGCCAGACCACGGUGAACGCCGUCGUGGGUGGGUUCGGGCCGCAGACCAUCACCACGGUCAGGGUGGGCAUGAACAGGUUCGGCGACCUCAACCCCAGCGAGGUCGUCGAGCAGUUCACCGGGUUCAACAACACCGCCUUCCGCACCCCCAAGCCCUCGCCCCUCCCCUACCACUCCUGGAAGCCGUGCUGCGUCGACUGGCGCUCCAGCGGCGCCGUCACCGGCGUCAAGUUUCAGGGCUCUUGCUUGUCAUGCUGGGCGUUCGCGGCCGUGGCGGCCAUCGAAGGCAUGAACAAGAUCAGGACCGGCGAGCUGGUGUCGCUGUCGGAGCAGCAGCUCGUGGACUGUGAUACCGGGAGCAGCGGCUGCAGCGGUGGGCGCUCCGACACGGCGCUCGGCCUCGCGGCAGCCCGCGGCGGCCUCACAUCGGAGGCGAAGUACCCGUACAGCGGCAUCCAGGGCAGCUGUGACGUGGACAAGUCGCUGUUCGACAACCAGGCGUCCGUCAAGGGCUUCAAGGCCGUGCCGCCCAACGACGAGCAUCAGCUGGCCCUUGCCGUGGCGAUGCAGCCCGUGACGGUGUACAUCGACGCCAGCGCCUGGGAGUUUCAGUUCUACACCGGCGGCAUCUACCGCGGCCCUUGCUCCUCCGAGGCGACGAGGGUGAACCAUGCCGUCACCAUCGUCGGCUACUGCGAAGGCCCCGGCGACAACAACAAGUACUGGAUCGCCAAGAAUUCGUGGAGCAACGACUGGGGUGACCAGGGCUACAUCUACCUCGCCAAGGACGUGUCAUGGCGGACGGGCACCUGCGGCCUCGCCACCUCGCCCUUCUACCCCACGGCUUGACCCAUUCCGGCUUGCCGGCGGAGCUUUUGCAUUCGCCAACUGCUUAUGUUGUUUUAUUUUAUGAGAGAGAUGCCAAUCGCUUAUGUGAAGUACUAGUGCGCCGAUCAUACAUACGGCACAAAAUGAUUGAUGUAUGUGUGGUAUAUUUAUUUAUUUUUCAGCAGUGAUAAUGCACAAUAAGAUAUCAUUUGGCUUCUGCUGUUUUUGGCAUUGCGGUGGAUUGUGCUAAUCCCAUCAACUCUCCAGUUUUUGUUUAUUUAGAAGACUGCCCCGCGCUUUGCUGCGGUAAUACUGAAAGAAAUCCAGAACACUUUUGACUUUGAUGAGGUAAGAGAUAACUUGCGAGAAAAAUAACAGUUCAUUAAUUAAAAUAUAAAAAAAAUAUAAAAAUGCUUUGUAUGUACCCAAGAAAAAAAAUACCUAUGUUUAGGAAAUAGAUAGCAAAUUAUGCCUAAAUUUAAAUUGUAAGAAAACAAUGCCAUACAUUAACAGAAAUUGAAUGCACGUUUGCAUAUGAAUGCUAGACAAACCUUUUUUUUAAUCAAUGCUACACAAACUGAGUUUCCAUCUUUCAUGUGAAGCUCACAACAUGGAGCUCAAAUAAAAUACUAUAAGAUCUCCAUGUUAAAUCCCUAGACCUAUUUUUAGCUUGAAUCCAUAGACCACCUACAAAUGAAUAUUAAAAACAAAUAUCAGAAGAUUCACCUAACUACACGGAUGAGCAGUCGCGACAACCAUUAGCAAGCAAAAUGGACGACCAGGACACAUCCCGUAAUGUUCAUAAUGUUCGUAAUAUCAAAGCCACAAACUUGAAAAAGGUUCACAAAUUUGAUAAUUUUUUUGCGACUUGAAAAAAUUGUUGGGAAUUGAAAAAUGUUCGUAAAUUUCAAAAAAAUGCUCGGGAAAAUGAUCUUGGAACCAAAAAAAAGUUCAUGAAUUUGAAAAAAGUUUGGAAUUAGAAACAUGUUCAUGAAUUUAAUUAUUUUUUGCGAUAUUCACGGAUAUGAAAAGUUUGCCUGUUCAACUAAAAAGCACGAAUUUUCAAAAUCUUCUAAAUUUUUGUAAAUAUUCACGGAUUCGAAAUAUGCCGAAUUGAAAAAAUAUUAGUAAAUUGUUAAACAAUAGAAACAAUCAU